ACACACACACACACACUGCCAUACUGGACAUUUCACAACUCACAGCUCCUGUGGAAGCAUCACACACUACUUGGAGAACCUCUCUUUCCUUCUUUCUUCCACGUGACUUUUUCAGCUGUUUGGAAUGUGUUUAACUUCUCUUCCUCUUCCAUGUCUUUGGAAAUAACAUCACAAGCGACUAGUUGAGAUGGAUGGGGUUUGACAUGUUCCAGUCUCGGGGGUUACAUUGUGGUUCUGGGCCAAACUGUCAACAAUAGCUUGAUGGACAUAUCGAAGAUCUUCUCCCUGCUGCAGCCUAAGGAGGACGAUGAGGACAGCGAGCAUUGUCAGGCCUUGAACAACGCCGUGAGCAGCGACAACGUGACUCUGCUCUCCGAGCUUCUGUCUCAGGAGAGUUACAGGAGGUCUGUCAACGCCCGAAGCGGGUGGGGGGUCCCGGUCACCCCCCUGCGCACUGCCGCUGCCCUGGGACACAUGAGGUGCUUGGAGGUGUUGCUGGAGCACGGUGCAGAGGUUGACAGCCUGGAUGUGAAGGCCCAGACGCCUUUGUUCACAGCUGUGAGUGGGAAACAUCUGGACUGCGUGGUUGCCCUGCUGAAGGCCGGAGCCGACCCUAAUGGCAGCCAGUACAACAACUGCUCCCCGGUGCUGACCGCGGCACGGGAGGGCGACGUAGACGUGCUCCGAGAGCUGCUGCGCUGGGGAGCCGAGGUGGACGUCAGGGCCAAAGUCCCCGAGUGGGCUGCCAAGGCCACGGCCUGCAGAGGGCCCCUUUACAUCUCAGCUGUUUAUGGACACCUGGACUGCUUCAAACUGCUCCUUCUGCACGGGGCCAACCCCAACUUUAACUGCACAGAUGAAAAGAUGCUGGCCAGGAUUAAGCAGCCAAAGACAGUCCUGGAGGUGUGUCUGCGUUAUGGCUGCGGGGUGGAGUACAUCCAGCUUCUCAUAGACUUUGGGGCAGACGUGUAUCUGCCCACGCUAAUUAUUGACAAGACUACAAAGCAGAAUGAAGCUCUCAUUCUGCUGCUCAAAGAGAGAGCUUCUCCCAAAACACUGAUGUCGCAGACUCGGCUGGCAAUACGAAGAUGCCUCCCCUGUGCCAGUAAGGAGCCUGCUGUUGACAGCUUGAAUGUUCCUCUGAUCCUGAGGAACUACCUCAAGCACGACACCUGUGAACUCAUCGGAUGCUAACCUUAGCAUCACAAUAAUUAGCCAGGGAUUUCUUUUUACCUCAUUGCUGUUCACUUAUGACUGGAGAUUUGACUUUAGCUUUUCCUACAACCACCGUACAGUCCCAGUCCUGUAAAGUCUUGUCUUUUAUUAUUUAUAUAAGAUUGAAAUUUGUGGCUCCUAAUAGAUAAAUAGAUUUAGUUUAAAUAGAUAGAUAUUUUAGCUCAUUGGAGUGUCUUUGUCAAACAGAAAUAUGAUCAUCCUAAAGGGCUCCAUGUUGGAAAACCUGCCAUGUGUUUGGGAAGUGUAAGACCACAGCUGACCACUAGAGACCACAGUAACACUGCUUAUUGCUCUUUUCCAAACGUGAUGCUUCCCAUUUGUAAUUUUUGUUCUGCCCUCUUCACAGCUAAGAUUACACAAUCAGAUUGAUUCUCACUUCUAUUAUUCAUUAUUUAGACAUCCAGAGACAACUGGAGACACACACACACAGAGACACACAGCGACAGUCUCUGCAUCGCACCAGGAUGUCUUAGAUGUUGCCUGAAAAACAUUUUUGAAUUUCAAAACCUUAUGGGAAGCAGUGAUCCGCCUUCACUUAUAUUGCAAAGUCUCAUUACUUAUUGAUUACAGCAUAGUUAUUUCCAGUCCAAAUUUGUGGCUGGAAGUUAAAAAAAAAUUCUUUUGUGAUUUAUCACCUUCUUGAUUAUGUGCAUCCAGGAGUUAACGUGUCAGCUUUCGGGAAUGGGGACCUGUACAAACAGGAAAUAACGUCAUACCACAGGAAGCUCAGCACAAUGCUCUCUCUCACACAUUGACGCCUGGAAACGCACUUCUGUAGAGGUUUUAUUUUCAACAAAAGUACAGCUAUAUCAGAUAUGGAUUUAUUUUUACAGCGAAGUACAACAUAUUCCCAGUGCUUCUGAUUACAUCAAAACAUAUAAUGUACAUACAGCUGACAUCUCCACUCUCCCAUUCACAGUUUCUGGAUUGAAUAGGCAUUAUUUUUCAGGUUUUCCAUUUCUACAACAGAUAAUCAAACUCAAAGGCCAGCGAGAAAGAAAAUGACAAAUGUUUGCAUAUGGUUACAAAAGAUAUGGAUAAUGUGAGUUAAUUUUUCUGUGAUAGGCAAAAAUCCAGACCUCAAACUAGAUGUUAUAAUACAAUGGACAGAUUCCAAAAGUGGGAUGUCAGUCUUCUGUUACCCUUGUUGUCAUAGGAAACCACAUCAGUAUAUGGCUCAAUGAAGACUCUGUUGUACCCUGACUAUUUUUGAAACAACACAGGACUGCAUAACCAACUGCAAGGAGUUCCUACUGAAGAUGUCGCUAUGCUAAAUGUGAGCGAGCGCGGUUAGCGACUCACGGACGCCGGGACUAAAAGGAAUUACACGACUGGGAUGCAUCCCGUUGACAGUCUGCUAAACUGGCUGUCUUGGUUUUAUGA